AUGGCAGUGAGCUCGAUCAAGAACUCGAUCGAGUCGAGUUUCGAACAGACGAACUCGAUCGAGCUGGGGGCCGAGAGCAAGGAGCAAGCUCAAGGAGAUUGGUCUGAACUUAAGGCGCCUAAAGUCGACCUCAAACCUUUGCCUGAGGGCCUCAGGUAUGCAUUUCUGGGUGAAAACUCAACUUACCCUGUCAUUGUGAACUCUGAUUUGGAACCUGAAGGCUCGCGAAGUAGACAGCAAGCAACUUUUAUCCGUAGAUUGAGUGCCUUGCUUGUUGAAUUGAGAAAGUACAGAAAGGCAAUAGGUUACACUCUAGAUGAUAUCAAGAGGAUCUCCCCUGACCUAUGCAUCCAUAGGAUUCAUCUAGAGGAUGAAAGUAAGUCAAGCAUUGAACCUCAAAGAAGGUUGAACCCCAAUCUAAAGGAAGUAGUGAAGAAAGAGAUACUCAAGUUGCUUGAUGCUGGGAUAAUCUCUCCCAUCAGUGAUAGCACUUGGAUAUCUCCAGUUCACUGCGUCCCAAAGAAUGGGGGAUCACUGUCAUUAAAAACGACAAAGAGGAGCUGA